AGAAAACAAAAGAAAAAAGAGGAAAAAAAAGGAAAGAGAAAAAAAGAAGAAAAAAAGGAAAAAAGAAGAAAAAAAGAGGAAAAAAAGGAAAAAAUAGAAAAAAAGAAGAAAAAAGGAAAAAAGAAGGAAAAAGAGGAAAAAAGGAAAAAAGAGGAAAAAAAGGAAAAAAGAGAAAGAAAGAAAGAAAGAAAGAAAGAAAAGAAAGAAAGAAAGAAAGAAAGAAAGAAAGAUGAAAGAAAGAAAGAAAGAAAGAAAGAAAGAAAGAAAGAAAGAAAGAAAGAAAGAAAGAAAGAAAGAAAGAAAGAAAGAAAGAAAGAAAGAAAUGAGCUUGAAAGAAAGAAAGAAAGAAAGAAAGAAAGAAAGAAAGAAAGAAAGAAAGAAAGAAAGAAAGAAAGAAAGAAAGAAAGAAAGAAAGAAAGAAAGAAAGAAAGAAAAAUUCCCAUUGAUGACGAAAAAAGGGAAAAAAGAAGAAAAAAGACAAAAAGGAAAAAAAGAAGAAAAAAAAGAAAAAAGAAAAAAGAGAAAAAAAGGAAAAAAGAGAAAAAAGAAGAAAGGAAAAAAAAGAAAAAGAGGAAAAAAAGAAGAGAAAAAAAGAAAAAAGAAGAAAAAAAGGAAAAAAGGAAGAAAAAAAAGGAA